UUGGAAAAACUGGGACGGUGUGCUUUCUGCUGAGCAGUUGGAGAUCACAGUGAGCUUGCAGAGGACCUAACAUGCACUGGGUGGUGACAUGCUGUUUGUUCUUGGGAGUGCUGCCCAUCUUUGUCACAUCAAGCCUGGAUUUUGGCUACCAUAAUACCCAACUUUUGGAAGCAUACUUAAAAAACAUUAAUGCGGCAUACCCGGAUAUAACGUAUCUCCACAGCAUCGGGAAGUCGGUGGAAGGUAGAGAUCUGUGGGUGAUUAUUGUGGGGAGAAACCCAAAGACGCACGUCGUUGGCAUUCCAGAAUUUAAGUAUGUCGCAAACAUGCAUGGUAAUGAGGCUGUGGGUCGGGAAUUAAUGCUUCAUCUGGUCGACUAUCUGGUAACGAAUUAUAAAUCUGAUCCAGUGAUUUCAGAUUUGAUCAACAAGACCCGGAUACAUAUAAUGCCUUCUAUGAACCCUGAUGGCUUUGAAUCAAGUGCCUUAACAUGUGACUCGUUAAUUGGCAGGUACAAUACAAAUAAUUACGACCUGAACAGAAAUUUUCCUGAUGCGUUUCAAAGAAAUCUAGCUCCUAUUCAGCCGGAGACCCAGGCAGUGAUGGACUGGUUACAGACUGAGACUUUUGUCCUGUCUGCUAAUUUCCACGGUGGUGCUAUGGUUGCCAGCUAUCCAUACGAUAAUGCUAAUUCAUCUACAAAUGGAAUUUCUCCAGACAAUGAUGUGUUCAUCUACCUUGCGAAACUAUAUGCUGACACACACGCCACCAUGUACACGGGUACGGUCUGCUCUACUGAUACAUUUACAAAUGGCAUCACUAAUGGGUUUCGGUGGUAUCCAGUACAAGGUGGAAUGCAAGAUUACAACUACAUAUAUUCCCAGUGUAUGGAAAUUACGCUGGAGGUGUCCUGCUGUAAAUAUCCUGACGCAUCAACCAUACAGGGUUACUGGAACGAUAAUAAAGCAGCCAUGAUUGCAUACAUGAAGCAAGUGCACAUAGGGAUAAAGGGCCAGGUGUUUGACAUCACAGGAAAACCUGUACCAAAUGCAAUAGUGGAGAUUGUAAACAGACAACAUAUCUGUCCAUACCUAACCAACCAGCAUGGCGAGUAUUAUCUUCUACUUUUACCUGGGAACUACAGCUUGAAUGUCACAGCGCCUGGUACAUCUAUAUUAAAGAAUAUUUAUAUCCCAGAAAGUCAAAAUUUUUCUGCUAUGCAAUAUAACUUUACCGUGAGUGUUCCGGUCAACAGUACAGCAUCAUCCGUGAAUACAAUGUGUCCACGUGCUUUUAUACAGUCGCCUUUCACGCCUGAUUCAGACGACGGCGGCGGCAUUGCACUGAAUGCAGGCUUAUUGCCAUUCCUUCUGAGUACCGUUAUAAUGCUAUUACUGACAAACCAAUAGCAACACAUACUUGGAAAACAGUAAAGUUCUACUGAGACUUGAAGAAUUGUACAGAAAGCAAUAUAUAUUUAUAUUUAAAUGAAAUUUGCCUUUAUAUAGAAUGUAUUAAUGUAUUGCUUUUUAUAUAGGAUUUAUCUAUGAUGUCUUCUACAUCACUGGUGCACUUAUGCCAGCCCUUUAGCUUCUCAUUUUGCACAGCUUGCUGGGUAUGUUAAAAUAUAUAUGCCGUAUUUUUAUAAAGAAUCCACAAAGUGCCAAACGUCUACAGCAAUCAGGGAAGAUAUUUAUUAUUUUUUCUUUGUCAUGUGACUAUGUAGCCACAAUGCACAUUGUAUAUAGACACAACUGGACUUAAAAUGUAACAUAAGUGGCCAAACAUUAGGCGCCAGAUAUUGUAGAACUUUAGUUCCCAUGUUUAUAGUAUGGCACACACAAUGUUGUUAAA